AUGAGAACUGGCCGAAGUUCAAAGCGAUUUUCCAAGACAUCGUGGCCAGGUCGAACGAUACCAACGCCAUCAAGUUGUACCGACUCGACCAGGCUCUCGUUGGUGCAGCUGGUUGAUGAAUACACCCGGCAUGUCGAAAGUCUACGCUACUUGGAACAAGAUCUUCAUGGUGUGUCGGAGCUAAUAGUUAUUGCUAGCCUCAUCGUUGGAUCCAGUCACGAGAAAACAUUGGGAAGCGACCAUCCAUCGCCGCGUGAAAGGCAACCGAGUGUGAAAACCGUCGUCCAGCCGAGAAGUAAUACGAAGAUCCUAGCCGCCUUGAGCAACAGUGGUAAUGCUUCCAGCGAAGAGUGUGACAUUUGUGGUGAGUCGCAUAAAAACUUCCAGUGUGGAUUGCUGAAAAAUUUAAGUGUCUCCGAACGAGUGGAGAAAGCCCGUUCCUUAGGAUUGUGCUUCAACUGCCCAAGGAAGGGUCAUCGAUUGUGUGAUUGUCCGUCAGACAGAAAGUGCAUGAAGUGUCGUCAGCGCCACCAUAUUCAACUGCAUGAUGAUGCAAGAGUGAAACCGGACCAAACCGACAGCAAGAAGAAGGAAGUUCCUGAUAAACCGGUCCCUGUAUCGACAUCAGUCAAUUUUGAAGCCCAAGCUGGCCUAUCCAGUGGUUCAGCGAGUACCGUCACAUCGACCUGCUCCGUUCAAGCUGCUUCGACCAAGAAAAACGUUCUUCUGGUUAACGUUUUCGAUCGCCGAAUGAAUCUAAUAACGAAGAGCAUGGCCGAUGCUAUCGCGAUAAGGAUUCUAAAUGCGAAUGUGAAGAUCUCUGGUGUGAACAAUCGUACAACGAGCAGCUUGGAAAAAACAGUCGUCAAAAUCCACUCACGCUACAGUGACUACCAAGCAACCGUGGAAUGUAUUAUUACUCCUACAGUGACUGGUCCCAUCCCAAACACCGAGAUCGAUUGGCAUAUUCCUCCCGGAUUCCAGCUAGCGGACCCCGAGUUCAAUUGUCCCCAAGAUAUAGAUAUGCUCAUUGGUAACGGUUUGUUCUUCAAGCUUCUCAAGUCCGGUGAAUACGAAGAAGUUGGAAACCACGGUCCAUCCUAUUCCCACACGGUCACCGUAGAAGAUGUGUACGAUGCUGUCCAGCGAUUUUGGCAGAUUGAAGAAGUCUCUGACCAAGAAGCCAAAUCUACCGAAGCAGAAGAAUGUGAGAGACAUUUCCUCUCCACCCACAAGCGUACGAAGGAAGGGCGAUUUGUGGUGCAGCUUCCCUUAAAAGAAAAUGCCAACCAGCUGAGCGAUUGCCGAUCACUGGCUUUGAAACGUUUCUACUUACUCGAGCAACGUUUCGCUCGAGAUCCGUGUCUGCCUGAACAGUAUGUGGAUUUCAUCAGGGAGUAUGAACGUUUGGGUCACUGCAAGCAAAUAGAUGAACGUAAAGAUCCUCCUAACAUGCUUAAGUGCUACCUACCACACCACGCUGUCAUCCGUCCAGACAGCUCUUCAACGAAGUGUCGAGUUGUUUUCGAUGCUUCCUCCAAACCGUUCAGAAGUUGGGUCACUUUCAACGAUGUGCUCAAGAAAAAGGAUCCAGCUACCCGUGUAACGAAAUCGAUUCCAACAGUCCAAGAAUUACGAUGUGCGAUGGAAAUGAUAGUUAAGGUGGAUCAACGCCAGGAGUUCGGUAAUGAGAUUGCUCGAGUCGAAUCGCGCAAACCUUGCCGAAGACUUGGCUCUUUGAGUCCAGUCUUAGUGAAUGGUGUGCUGAGACUUGGAGGCCGUUUGGAGCUUUCCCAACUUCCAUAA